AUGACGAUUCCAAGAUCUUUAUUGUGUGUGGUGCUUACAGCAAGUUUCUUUGUAUCAUCAUGGUGCGACUUUUUAUCGGAACAUAACAAGUUGCGUGCUUCAGUUCACCCGACAGCCGCCAACAUGAAGAAAUUGAUCUGGAGCGAUGAACUGGCAAAAAUAGCACAAAAAUGGGCAGAUGGCUGCAGUUUAUCACAUAAUUCUUUGAGAUCUCAGCAAUCUGCGACAUUUCAUUAUGUGGGAGAGAACAUUCAGUGGUCUACAAGAGCUCAUACGGAAGAAUACCCUGUAGACCGUUGGUUCGCAGAACAUGUAAAUUACAAUUACGCCAACAACACUUGCUUAAAGGGACACUGCGGCCACUACACACAGGAAGUUUGGGCGACCACUGAAUAUGUAGGAUGUGCUACUAAACAUUGUCCUGACGGACAUUAUUUUAUCGUUUGCGACUAUGGACCAGGCGGAAACUAUCGUGGAGAAAUUCCUUACACCCAUGGAACACCUUGCAGCAAAUGUCCACAUGGUUAUCAUUGUGAGAAUAAACUGUGUACAAAAUCUUCCGCCUCUCACACUACUCACCCCCACACCACUCAUCACAACACCCAUACCACCACCACCACCACCACCACGACGCAUAAACCGCACCACCACCACGGCUAA